GUUGGCGAGACGCAAGUGACGUUCAGCAGCACGAAGACCGGCACCACCUUCGUAAUGCAGUUGGUUUGGGGUGCUAUCGUCUGGUGGGCGGGCUAUUUCACCGUCUAUGUAAUCGUUGGUGGCCAUUGUCCGGGUCUAGAGGGGUAUGGCAACCCUUACUCAAGCUACUUCGUGGGCAACCCGCAUCUGUGGUCAAACGCAGGGGGCGUGAUUUCCUUAGUGGCUGCCUUUCCAUACAUGAUGGUCUUCGAUGCCGUCUCCGACACGCUUCUGUACUGCGACAUCAUUGAUCUGGAGAUCGCGAAGUUCGAGGAAAAGGCACGGCAGGAGGCUCGGUUGUCGAAGGAGGGCUUUUUACUUGAACGGCUGCGUGGCCUCCAAGAAUGGCUUGGCGACAGGAUAUCGAUGUCUUCCAGCGACGAUGCCAGCAGCUCUUGCUCUUCCAGCAGCCUUCCAUGA